AUGAAUGUUAUAAUCACAAUACCGUGGCCGGUUAAAGGAAAAGGUGUGCGCGAUGUGUUUUACUUCGUAAGAAUUCUUAAAGCGACGUUGAAAGAAUCGCAAAGACGUUCCAAUUCGCAAAACGAAGCCCUCACAAGUUCUCUUACACGUCUCGAGUUUAGACAUAAAAUGCUGGUGGAGGAUAACAAAGGUAUUAAAUAUUUGAUCGUUUGUUCUCACAUUAGAAAAGAUGCUGCUUUGCCAUGUUUCAUCUUGUUGUGUUCUGACUCAUAA